UUUUCUUAUUGUUUAAAGUUUCACUUUUAUAUAUAUAUAUAUAUAUAUAUAUAUAUGAUUCGUUCAACAUUACAACGAUCUAUACUUGGAUUGAGUCGCAUGAUUCGUCCAUGUCAACAAUCCCGAACUUUUUUAACUAGCCAUCAUCAUGCUUACAUGAAUCAUUCAUGUUUAAGUAAUCACACUCGAUCUUUCCAGUUAUCAUUCCAACAGUUGCGACAGCCUCAACGUUAUUUGACUACGACAGUUGCUACGACAGCUACUACUGUCACGAAGCCUGCUGUUGCUUAUUGGCUUUAUUUUAAUGCCAGUAUGGUCUUUACGAUUGUUGUUGUAGGUGGUUUAACCCGUUUAACUGAAAGUGGGUUAUCUAUUACAGAAUGGAACGUUAUCUCGGGUAUGAAACCUCCUAGAUCAGAAAUGGAAUGGAAUGAAGAAUUUGAAAAAUACAAGCAAUUUCCUGAAUAUAAACUAUUAAAUCGACAUAUGACUUUGGAAGAAUUUAAGAAUAUCUUUUAUUGGGAAUGGUCUCAUCGUAUGAUUGGCCGAUUUAUCGGCGUUUCUUUCAUUCUGCCUGGUCUUUAUUUUGCUUCUAAGGGGCAUAUGUCAAGACGAGUUGCCAAGCAAACUUUGGGAAUUACUUGUUUAUUAGGAUUUCAGGGUUUUAUGGGUUGGUAUAUGGUAAAAUCAGGACUUUCAGAGGCAUUGAUGAAGGAGCCAGGCACAGUACCACGUGUAAGUCAAUAUAGACUGACAGCACAUUUAGCUACAGCCAUUGCUAUCUAUGCUAGCACCAUCUUUGUUGCAGCCGAUAUAAUACGUGAAAAUAAAUUAGUCUCUGGAAGAUAUGGUCAACAGACUGCUUCCAUGUUAAACAAUCCCGUCUUGAAACGCUUUAGAAUCGCAACACAUACUUUAGGUGCCCUUAUGCUUGUGACGGUAUUAUCGGGAGGUCUAGUAGCUGGUUUAGACGCGGGCUUGAUCUAUAAUGAAUUCCCCUUUAUGGGUGAAACUAUCAUCCCACCACUUAAGGAACUUUGGUCAGAUGAUUAUGUAAAGCCUCAGGAUCAUGGGAAAUGGAGAAAUUUGCUUGAGAACCCUACUACCGUACAAUUUGAUCAUCGUACCUUGGCAGAGACAACGGCUACAUUCACUACAGUUUUGUGGUUGUACUCUAAAAAGAUUCCUUUACCCAAGAAUGCAAGAAUAGCUGUCAAUAUAAUGAUGGGUGCUCUUCUCUUGCAGGUCUCCCUCGGUAUCUCCACUCUUCUCUAUAUGGUACCUAUUGAAUUAGCAGCUGCUCAUCAAGCAGGUGCACUUGCUCUAUUAACUUCAAAUUUCUGGUUAAUUCAUGCAUUACGUCGUGUUCCUCUUUAAAAAAAAA